AUGGGCGGCUUCAAGGAGUUCUUAUUCCGUGGUAAUUUGGUUCAGCUCGCUGUAGCCGUGGUUAUUGGUGCAGCGUUUGGAAAUUUAGUGACCGCAUUCACCAGCGGUCUAAUCACGCCGCUGUUGGGAAUAUUCGGACAAACUCCGUCAUUUAAAACGCUGUACUUUUCAAUCAACGGAAGUGUAUUUCUGUACGGCAAUUUUAUCGACGCCUGUCUCGUAUUUUUAAUCACCGCAUUGAUCAUCUAUUAUGCGGUUGUUGUACCGUCCACAUGGGUUAUGGACAAAUAUAAAAAAGUGGAAGAGGCUGAUCAAACGAAUUGUUCGUACUGCUGCAGCAAGAUUUCGAAAAAGGCGACCAAAUGCGCUCAUUGCACUGCCACUGUAGAACCGGUGCCGGAAAUUGAAGUGUUGACACAAUCGGCUGAACACUUGAACGGUGAUGCAAAGGCAAAGAAUAUUGACAAAAAUCACGUUGCUCCAGAAGAUAUUCAGUGA